AUGGACGAGGAGUACGACGUGAUCGUGCUGGGCACGGGGCUCAAGGAGUGCAUCCUCAGCGGCCUCCUCUCCGUCGACGGCCUCAAGGUUUUGCACAUGGAUAGAAAUGACUACUAUGGAGGAGAUUCCACCUCCCUCAACUUGAACCAGCUCUGGAAGAAGUUCAGGGGGGAAGAAAAACCACCGGCGCAUUUAGGUGCGAGCAGAGACUACAAUGUAGACAUGGUUCCAAAGUUUAUGAUGGCGAACGGAACUUUGGUUCGUACUCUCAUUCACACUGAUGUAACGAAGUAUCUGUCUUUCAAAGCUGUUGAUGGAAGCUUUGUCUUCAGCAAAGGGAAGAUUCACAAGGUUCCUGCCACUGACAUGGAGGCUCUAAAAUCCCCUUUAAUGGGCAUAUUUGAGAAACGUAGAGCAAGGAACUUCUUCAUUUAUGUCCAAGAUUACAAUGAUGCUGAUCCAAGAACACAUCAAGGAUUGGACCUUACAAGGAUGACAACUAGAGAAUUGAUCGCGAAACACGGAUUGAGUGAUGAUACUAUAGAUUUCAUUGGCCAUGCGCUUGCUCUUCACAGGGACGAUCGCUACCUAAGCGAGCCAGCAAUUGAUACUGUUAAAAGAAUGAAACUCUAUUCUGAGUCUCUUGCACGGUUCCAAGGAGGCUCACCUUAUAUUUACCCAUUGUAUGGGUUGGGUGAGCUGCCACAGGCUUUUGCACGUCUAAGUGCUGUUUAUGGUGGCACUUAUAUGUUAAAUAAGCCAGAGUGCAAGGUUGAAUUUGAUAUGGAGGGGAAAGUGUGUGGUGUUACAUCAGAAGGUGAAACUGCCAAGUGCAAGAAGGUUGUCUGUGAUCCUUCUUACUUGGCCAACAAGGUAAGGAAGAUUGGAAAAGUUGCACGAGCAAUUGCUAUUAUGAGCCACCCAAUUCCAAAUGCAAAUGAUUCCCACUCGAUUCAGAUUAUUUUACCACAAAAGCAACUUGGGCGCAAGUCAGACAUGUAUGUCUUCUGUUGCUCGUACACCCACAAUGUCGCACCAAAAGGGAAGUUCAUUGCAUUUGUGUCUGCAGAAGCAGAGACUGAUAACCCACAGUCCGAACUAAAGCCUGGAAUCGAUCUACUUGGUCCAGUAGAUGAAUUGUUUUUUGAUAUGUAUGACAGAUAUGAACCCGUCAAUGAACCUUCUCUUGAUAAUUGCUUUGUCUCAUCGAGUUAUGAUGCCACUACUCACUUUGAGACAACUGUCACAGAUGUUCUUAAUAUGUACACACUGAUUACUGGAAAGACUGUUGAUCUUAGCGUUGAUCUCAGCGCUGCCAGCGCUGCAGAAGAGUACUAG